AUGGCUUCACAGCAACCGCUCUCUCAAGAGCAACUUCUCCAUUUUUGGGGUGCUCACAACACUAUUGGCAAGAUGACCCGCAGAACUUCACAACAUGAAUCUGCCGUGAAGCAUUCGAGUAACAACUCGAGUGGUGGAGCAGGUACAAAACCAAAGGUUGCAACACCACAAGUAGUCGCAAAAAUCGAACAGUAUAAACGGGACAAUCCUACAAUUUUUGCAUGGGAAAUACGAGAAAAACUUAUAAAUGAAGAAGUCUGUACCACUCCACCAUCAGUAUCUUCCAUCAACCGUAUUCUUCGUACACGUGCUGCCGAACGAGCAGCUGAAGAGCUUCAAAUGAUUUUAUCAGCUCAACACAUCGCUCGGCCCCAAAUACGUCCACAAGAAGUUCGUCUUCCUCCACCGUUUCCAUUUCCUCUGCCACUCGUUUGGCCUGGUCUUCUACCGAACCCUGCUCAACUAUCAUUUCUUUUAAACUCACGAGCACUCGCCCCAAAUCUUCAAUCUGGAGUAGGCGUGCCUGGAAACACGCCAGGAUCGUCUGGACAGUUAUCCAUCGAUUCUAAUCCAAGUUUGUCGGAAGACGAUUCCGUACUUGGCGCUAAUUCAAGAAGAUUGUCAAGAAGCACUUUUAGCAACGAUCAACUUCAAUCACUGGAAGAAGUAUUUCUCCGUGAGCCCUAUCCAUCACAAACCGAACGAGCAGAUCUUGUGAAGCGGACCGGAUUACCAGAAGCUCGAAUCCAAGUUUGGUUCUCAAAUCGUCGAGCGAAAUGGAGAAAGACAAAUGCAAACGAUCGAGACGAGUUGAAAGCGGAACGAUCAGAAACUGAUGAUGCCAUGAGCAAUUGUAGUCAAAGCCCAUCUCCAGGGGGUCAAGGAUCAAGUAGUGAAGAGAAGAGGAAGGCAUUCACUUUAUUUAAACCAUAUGAAUAA